AUGACACAACUUGACACAGGCUCCGCUCCUCUCCAAAACUCGUAUUCCCAUUGCUCCAGCUCAGCUACAAGUCCAACUCCGCAUCCAGCUGCGUUCAAGACCUUGAUUUGUUCCUUACUUCAGCCUCGUGCUACUUCUUGCCUUAGUUCCGCUGAUACAAAAAGUGCUUCAGACGUCACUACAUCUUCAAUAACAAACUUCACAAUUCUCUUGGGUUGCUGCUCCGCGACGAUCUACAAAGUGGGAGACUCUGAUGGAUGGACUGCCAAAGACGAGGUCUAUUAUCGUUGGACCGAGCGUAAGGAAUUUCACGUUGGAGAUUAUCUGGUAUUUGAGUACGAUCACAACUUUAACAACGUCACACAAGUCUCCCGAGCUUUGGAGUCCCAAUUCUGCGACUCUUCUUUUCCUACAGUCGUAUACAACACAGGACACGAUAUCAUAACCCUUACGGAACCAGGUUCUUACUUCUUCAUUACGUCAAAUUAUACUCAAUGUUCAUCCAGACAGAAGAUCGAGUUUCUUGUCGUCCAUGACCCAUCAUGUCCGGUUCCUCCACCACCGAGCCAAGUCCUUCCUUUAGAAAAGAUCUACAAGGUCGGUGACUCCAAAGGAUGGAGGGUUUACGACAGUAACUACUAUUACAAGUGGAGCAAGAAGAAAGAGUUUCAUGUUGGAGACAAUCUCCUUUUUGAAUACGGCCAAGAAUUAUACGACGUUUUAGAAAUCAGUGGUGAUCUGGAAUUCUUAUACUGCAACCUGACGUCACCUGCUGCCGUGCACAAGACUGGCUGUGAUCUCGUCAGGCUCACCAAACCAGGAGUUCAUUAUUUUAUAAGCUUGAAGCCAGGUCAUUGUGAGGCAGGGCUUAAGCUUCAAGUCGUGGUCGGACCAACAACCAAUUUUCCGAAGUUGUUGGCUAUGGACGGUCUCACAAGGUGGUUACGCAUGUUGACAUCCCCUCAUCACUAA